ACCAGGAGAUAGUAUUAAAACCCACGACCAUGGGGUCUUGUAUGUAUAGUGAUACGACUAAAGCCCACCUUUUCUCGUCUUCAUUCUUCAAAGGACAAGUAUCGGUCUCUUUUUCCGGCUGUAUGUAACAACAUGACAGGCGUUUGUAACGAAUGCUCCCGUUUUCCUUAUAUCUCAAUUCGUUCGCGGAAGAUUCAUCAGUGGGGCUCGGCAGCGCUGCUUGUCUCUCAUUUGAACCGUUCGGUCUAAUGGGAGUCGUAUAGCUUCAUUAUUAACACUCUGCCGGUGGUGGUGAAUGGCAAAUAAUGCGUCUAAUCCAGUUUUUCCAAGACCAUUGUUUUGUGCAAUGUGAGCUUGAUCGACUCUGCUGUGUCGUUACGUGUUGAGAGGAGGGAGGAUCUUCCCCAUCAUUGUUGAAUCACGCUUUGGGCUUAACGCUUCGGUCUUCCGUCAUUUGGAAACCAUUUGGAUGUGAUACUAAAUAAAGCCUGGACCUGGACCUGGGGAGACAGUGGACCUGGGGAGACAGUGGACCUGGGGAGACAGUGCAGACCUUUGUGUAAUUUGCAUAAGAACAUUUUUAUCUCCAUAUUUUAGAGACCCCGGAGUGUGCAUAUCAAAAGCGUAGCUGAGGGACCAUUGAAGAAGAUAGGGGGGAGACGAGGAGAUUACGGGUAACGCCAGGGGUGGGGAAAAUGCUGCCUUCGCAAGAAGCCUCCAAGAUUUACCAUGACAACUACAUGCGGAAUUCGCGGGCCAUUGGGGUUCUGUGGGCUAUUUUCACCAUAUGUUUGGCYAUUAUUAACGUGGUGGUGUUCAUUCAGCCCUACUGGAUUGGGGACAGCGUGAACACCCCACACGCCGGCUACUUCGGCUUGUUCCACUACUGCGUGGGCACUGGGAACUCCAACCGGGAGCUCACCUGCCAAGGAACCUUCGCCGAAUUCAGCAGCAUCCCUUCGAGCGCAUUUAAAGCGGCAACCUUCUUCGUGUUGCUGUCCAUGGUGCUGAUCUUGGGAUGCAUCGCCUGCUAUCUCUUCUUCUUCUGCAACACCGCCACUGUCUACAAGACCUGCGCUUGGAUGCAGCUGCUAUGUGCCGUGUGUUUGAUCCUGGGCUGUAUGAUCUUUCCGGAUGGCUGGGACUCGGAAGUGGUGCGAGACAUGUGUGGCGAGGAGACGGGGAAGUACACGCUGGGGAACUGUUCGGUGCGCUGGGCCUACAUGCUGGCUAUCGUUGGCAUCAUGGACGCCCUCAUCCUCUCCUUCCUGGCCUUCGUGCUGGGCAACCGGCAGAACGACUUCCAGCUGGAGGAGCAGCUUAAAGCAGAACAAAAAGAUUUUGCAGUGUCCAGGAUUGAAAUCCGGGAGACCAAGGAUCCACGAUACGGAGUCCAACGGUUCCACUGAGCACCCCCCCCCCNAACAGUUUCAGACCCUCCUCUUCAUCUCCUCUGCUCAUUCGCCCCCAAAGACCAUAGCUCUUCAGGUCUAACCACUGGUCUCAGAGUGGAGCUGUUUGUAAAAUAGAACUGAAAUGGAAGAUAUUCAAAAAGAGAAACAAUUUGAAGAGGAAUAUGAUAAAAAGGAAUAAUAUGAUCAGCUUUAUAAAACUCUGGGRAAMWWWUUUAUGAUAUACAGUAUUAAGUAAUUAUCACAUAAUAUUACUAUAACAAAGGUAAUGAAGUUAAUGAUGAUGCUUGCGGCAGGCAUAUUCUAUGAAAAUCUACAUAUUUUUAUUCCGAAUGGAAAAUGAGUCAUUUCCAGCUUUAAAAAUAACCAUUUAAGAAGUGCAUUUGUACAAGUGGGUGCUACUUCUGAGAUAUCUAAUAAAAGAAGACAAAAAAAGGAAGAAAAAAACACAAACAAGAAUUUUGUACAGCGACAGUAAUUUUGAAGACCAUCUUUUUUUCGGACAGAUUUUCAACGUCCCCCUUUUUGUACAYGAGGUCUGGUCCCAGGAAAUGCAAAAGAAAAAGACACGUGUAAAUAAGGUGUUUCUAUGGAAACAGGGUAAAAAUAGCAUUUAUUACCCCAUAAUUAUCAUCCCUUAAAACCCUUCGGAGUAGCAACCCCUUUCUGAUCAUCGUCGUGGAAAAGACGAUGAUGGAUUAUCUGCACCAUUUCUUCUCUUCCCGUGUAAUUUGAUCAACCAACAUCCUUGAACCAGAAAUGCCAACAGGAGCAACGACAGUGGUAACGAUGGACCGAAUUAAUUGACAGGCAUUGAAAAGAAAAGACUUCACUGCUGUCAACUCUUUUUCAAUCUAYAGAAUUUCAAUCACAAUCCUGCAUCUAAUUCACACUCUUAGAAAAAAAAGGGUUCUGAUAGAACC